AUGCGUCCCUCUCGAGUUCCUCGACAUGGACGCUCCCAAUGGCCCCCGGCGCCCUGCGUCGAGGAAGAGAUUUCGGCUCUCCUUCGAGAAAAGGGUGGUCUCUCUGAGAUUGGAGAGAAGCCAGGGGUCGAGGGUGUCAAGCAAAGAGGCGCCGUCGACCAGUAUCCGAUCAUAGACUAUGCUGAUAUACCUCCUCCAUUAACGUCCCCUGGCAGCGUUCCCAGUGUGCCUAGCCUUGCGAAUGUCUCUUCCGAUGAGAGUACAGGGCCAAAAACGCCGCCCGCGCAAGAGCCUGUCAUUCGGAACACUGUUAGGUUUGAGUCGGAUGAGCAGCAAAAGCGUACGCCGCCAUCCACCGUGAGCCAAGCACGAGGACCACCACCCCGCCCUCAGGUUAAUCAACGGCCCACUCAUGAGCCAAAGACCCAGCGAGAAUCGCUCCCGCAUUCUCGUACACGGGAAAGCGCCCCCAGCAGGCCCGAGGUGCCUGUGCAGUUUGCAUUUCACCCUCAGGCUCAGCAACAGCCUGUUCGUGAAAUCAACUCCCAGCGAGAGUCUCGCCCGCGUUCUCAUGCACGUGAAGGCAGCUACAGCAGGCGCGAUGUGCCAGCGCAACUUGUUUCUUAUGCAGCGCCCGCACCGAGUGUGCCGGACCGCUCUCGUGCCUCAGUCCCCGUGCACGACAUUGCCUACGUUCAACCUGGCAGGUCGUCGUUGGCUCGGUCGAACAGUGCUCGGGCUGGACCUCACUCAAGGCCUAUGCCAGAGCGCAUUCGACGUGAGCCAAAUUCCGGGUAUCUAUCUGAUUCUGCCACCAUGCGCAGCAGAGUCUCGCCAAACUCUCAGGCGCCUGUAUCCCCAACUCCUAUCGUGCCAGCCGAAAAGGUCAUCAGCGGGCCUACUCUAGCUGAGCGCAUCGAGGAGAAGCUCCGUCAACGAGAAGAACAGCGGGACCGGGUUGCACUACCAGACCCCGAAGUAAGCACACCGGCUGUGGUUUUCAGACCCGCGAAUGCCUCGUUGGUCCCUCGAGCCACUGUCUCAGCAUCGCACUCGCCUUCCCGGUCGCCUCAGCGUCCGGAGACCCUGGGAGCCCAGCCUAGUACGCCUCUGCCCUCGCGCCCCCGCGCAACAUCAGUGACCACGCAGAGUACCCGAUCGUCUUCUGAAUCUCGCCAUCCCCCACGGCUGCUACGCGCUGAACUUGAGACAACAAAGCCAGCAUCAACCCAAGCUGUGACAGUACAGGCCAACUCUGAGAAGGCUCUCACUCAAUUUGGACAAAGAAGCAACCCCAACGGCCUGUGUAUCACAUCAUGCCCACGAUCCGUCCCGGCAACAGGCCAUGAAGACUGGUACACCCUCAAAGGCCUCGACCACCUCGAUAUCUGCCCAUCAUGCAUGAGCCAAAUCGCACACUCCCGCUACAGCAGCUUCUUCAUCCCAAGCCAAGCCAAGACGCCGUCCCGCCCAACCCGCUGCUCAUUCUCAAGCCCAUGGACCCGACUCGCCUGGCACCAAAUGAUCAAACGAGGCCACGACAGUCUAGAACUCCUCUAUCAAAUGACGCGCCCACCACCGGGAACGAGACCCUGCCCAGGCCGCACAGCCACCGAGCAACACUGGCACCGAAUCUACGACCCCCGAAUCAAAGACUACCUCCCAGGCUUCCACGUCUGCACCAGCUGCGCACGAAACAUCCGCAUCUUAAUGCCAGCGCACCGCGAAACCUUCGAACCAGACACCGAAGUCCGUGAACGAAUCUGCGACUUCCAAACCACAAGCCCACGUUUCAUGAAAUUCAUCGACCUCCUCGACGAUGCCGUCGAGCGCGCAGAAGCAAAUCCCUCCCGUCCCCGUCCAGACCUGCACGAGUUCCUCUCCUACGCCCGGCGCAAGACCGCCCUCCGUGACUGCCGUCUCGACAGACAAAUCGUCACGAAGUGGCAUUACCUCCCCGCAUUGCCGGAGCUGUGUAUCUGCGAAGACUGUUUCGAUGAAGUUGUAUGGCCGUUUGCGAGACACCAGCGGCCGAUUGCGCGCUCCAUUCCGCCUACUAGGCGGGCCUUGCCUGGUGAUGGGAUUGGUGUCAAGCAGGAGGCAAGUUGUCAGCUUUAUUCCAUGCGCAUGCGGGCGAAGUUCCGGGAGGCGGUUGCUACCAAUGAUUUCGAGAUGCUUAAGUCUACUGUUCUUAGGCGGGUUGAGGCUGAGAGGCGGUUCCGUGAUCGGAGAGAGGAGCUUUUGAAGGCACAGUCUAAGGGGUAUGAUUGUGAGAUUGAGUUGAGGAAGGCUGUUGAUGAGUGGAAGAGGUGGGAGUGA